AAACUGCCAAACUGCGGUCACCGUUCACCGGAUUCACCGGUUCAAAGCGGUGCUGGAACGAAAGAAAAGUACGUGCACGCAUAAACCGCACCCGAGCUCUCGCCGGUGUCCUCCGCGCCAGGCAGGACAAAACGACUGAAGGAUAAACUUUGCGAGAACCGGACCGUUAUUCCGGUCGGCUAAAUAAACAGACUUCGCAAGGAAACGGAAGGAGGAGGAAUACAACGGUUACUCCAAUCGGAAAAACGCCCCCUCUGGAGACAAUUUUCGGAAAAGUUACCAUACUCACCACGACCGCUGCCGCCUGCUCGCGCGUCGUCCUCGUCGCUAUCCUUGCAGCUAAAGGAAAGCUCUUUCGACCUGAACUACGAGGAAACAUAAUAAAGUGGGGAAAACAAAGUUUUCCUCAGUUGGACUUUGCUUGUUUGCACCAAUUUCCCAUCAGAGUUUAGCUUCCUAUUCCCCGAUCUGGACUAGGACAGCAGAGAGGAAAAAAACCGGAAAAUCACUCCACGUUUUCCUAGCUCAAGCUUCCUUUUUUUCUGUCAUUUCGUCAAACCCUACCAUCCCUCCCUCACCUUCUCGGCAGCGAUGGUGACAAUGUUGAUGAUGACGAUGGGAGGCACCAGGGUGAGAAGCGAAUGUUUGAAGAUUAAAUACAGCGAAAUGGAAAAGUGACAAAAAGUGAAGUUGUUAACAACCCGUUGUCAACGAAGUGACGGCUGCAGUGGGCCACUAGCGCAGCCGCGAGUGGGAGUGUGUUCUGGGAACGGGGUUUUCUGUUCUUGUUGGAAAAGUGAAGAUAAAUAUCAAUUGCCUAGCUACACGACGACGCGCGUUGCGAGUUGAGAGCUGGGAAAAAAAAGUUAUCAUUACUCAUCGGGGAGUGCAAGAGCGUAGGAUGUGUGGGUGCGUCGCCAUCGUACGGUAGAUGUGUUUGUGAAGAGAAGAGAAGAGCUUGUCGUUUUUGUUACCUCAACUAGAUCCAAAAGUCAACAAUGGUGCUGCGAAAAAGUUCCACCAUCGGUUGUGCUGGCGGAUGCCACUGGGUGCUGCUGGGAUUACUGCUGCUGAUGUGUUCAGAGCUCACCUGCGGCAACAAUAGGGUAGACGAUUAUCAGAGUCAAAAAGGCGAACUGGUCGGAGCGUCACGCAAGUUCCGGACCGACUUUCUCCAGGAGUGGCCAACGCCGGGAACUGGGCCUUACUUCGAUACCACUUCGAUUCCCUCCAACAUCACCGGGCUGGUCGGCAAGACGGUGCUACUGAUCUGCAAAGUCAAGAACCUGGGCAACCGAACGGUGUCCUGGGUUCGCCAUCGAGACAUCCACCUGCUAACAGUCGGUCGGUACACGUACACCUCGGAUCAACGCUUCGAAGCCAUGCACUCUCCGCACACCGAGGAGUGGACCCUGCGGAUACGAUACGCCCAGCGUAAGGAUUCCGGUAUCUACGAGUGCCAGAUUUCCACCACACCUCCCAUCGGACACUUUGUCUAUCUUACGGUUGUAGAACCAGUGACAGAGAUUAAUGGCGGGCCUGAUUUAUUUAUCAAUAAAGGCUCGACGAUAAAUCUCACCUGCAUCGUCAAGUACGCCCCGGAGCCACCGCCGGCCGUGAUCUGGAAGCACAAUCGGGACGACAUCAACUUUGAUUCACCCCGGGGCGGAAUCUCGCUGGUGACGGAGAAAGGUGUGCUGACCAGCAGCCGAUUGCUGGUGCAGAAAGCGAUAGCCAGCGAUUCCGGGCUGUACACGUGUGAACCCUCCAAUGCCAAUCCGGCCUCGGUCCGGGUGCACAUACUGAAUGAACACCCAGCGGCCAUGCAUCACGGCAUGUCGACCAUCCUGGCCGGUCCGAGCUUAGUGGCGUUCGUGCUGUCAUGUCUGCUGCUGUACUACCAUCACAGCAUCCGGUGGAAGCAUCCGCUGACGUAGUAAUCUAUCUAUCUGUGUCUAUCUCCACCGUCGGGACAUCGAGCGGCCGACAGAAAUCUUUUACUCUAUCUAUCGAUCUCUCAUUCACUGUCACAGAGGCAAACCAAAAACCACAUAAACACACACCCACACACACACUCAACCAAGCGUAUAUCCAUACCAAACCCUCACAGAGAUGUCACAAAGAGGUCAUUCUUUUGUACAGUCACCACUAUUUAAUACUACAUUAUCUAAGAGAAUGAGCAGCAGAGCAACUAGUAGGAAAUAAAGGCGAGACAGAACGCAGAGAACGGAAUUUUUCACAUGUUAAGCACUAAAAAAAAAUCGUGUCAAAAGCAAGCAGAAGAAGAAAAAAAAAUCGAUAACAAAAAAUCGUCUAGUUCAGAACAUUUAGGUUAAAUAUGUGAAGCAAAGAUUUUUUAUAUAAAUGUACAUUCCAACCAAAACAAACAAAAGAGUCGAAAUGGGGAAGCACGUGUACGAGCGAGAGGGUGUCCGUAAUUCGUUUUCCAGUUUUUAAUCAGUUGUGAAAUCGAAUGACUACAUUGCUAAACAAUAGGUAUUUAUAUGAAUAAACAAAGCCGAUAGGUUGAAUUUAUUAAUUAAAUUUAAAUCAUCAACACAAAGCGAAAGGCAAUGGAUGAAACGUGAAAGCGUGGCGAGGUGGGGAAACAAUAAUAAUUGAAUGGUGACCGACCGGACUUGACUUUGGUGGGAGCGUGGAUGCAUCGGGCGACGCGGAUCGGCGUGAAAAUUGCUUUUAAGCUUGGGAUGAUAAUGUUGUUAGAUAUGGCAUUUUUUUUUUAUUAAAUUCCAUUGUAG